CGGUGGAGAUUGGCAGAGAGAGGUGGAGGACACUGAGUAGAGGCCAGUGGAGGGAUUGGCAGAGAGGGGUGGGAGGACACUGAGUAGAGGCCCAGUGGAGGGAUUGGCAGAGAGAGGGGUGGAGGACACUGAAUGGAGGCCAGUGGAUGGGAUUGGCAGAGCAGAGAGGGUGGAGGACACUGAAUGGAGGCCAGUGGAGGGAUUGGCAGAGAGGGGUGGAGGACACUGAGUGGAGGCCAGUGGAGGGAUUGGCAGAGAGGGAUGACAGAUACAGGACGGUUAGUAAGGUGGAGUGAUUGGAUUUGGGGUUGAAAGGACAGAUGGGAGUCUAG